AUGACGCCACGUGUCGCCAGACUGCUCGCUGUGCUGAGCAUAGCCAUAGCCGCCACGUGUGCAGCUGGGCAAACGAUCGACUCUUCACAACUGCCCGCGUUAGCGGACCUGCAGGCGUCGUUUGGUCUCAAUUAUUCCUCGUGGGGAGAGGGCGGGGAUUGCUACAAGGCGAGCUUUCUGCGAUGCGACAGCGACGGAAUGAUAACAGAAAUCAAUCUGGGAUCGAGCGACCUUCUCGGCUCUCUGCCUGAAUCCAUAAGCGGACUAGUAAACCUCACCAGCAUUGAUCUGAGCGCCAACGGGCUGACAGGUCCGAUCCCCUCCACUAUAGGCGCACUCGCUAAGCUAAAACGGAUGCAGCUGGACAGAAACUCGUUUGAGGGCAACCUGCCCUUAGCUCUGGGCAGCCUCACAAAUCUCACCUCCCUCGACCUGGCAGCCAAUCAUUUGACCGGGUCCAUACCUGCUGAACUGGGAAACCUCGUCAACCUGCAGUACCUGCAGUUGAACGACAACUAUCUUACAGGGUCCAUCCCAGCUACUUUCUCCCAACUCGACCAGCUGCAGUGGCUGCAACUGGGCAACAACCAGCUCUCGGGGCCGCUGCCUGCUGGAUUCGUUGCCUUUCCCGGCCUCACCGGCCUUUGGAUUGACAGUCAACACACGUGUCCCCCGGACAACACCGGUUGCGGCCAGACUCGACCCUUCCGCAACAACACCUUCUGCCUGGAAACCUGCCCUUCCUUCUGCGACACCUGCAUUCCCAGGAAGCUUCCCACCCCUCCUCCCAACACCACCACCACCAUUGGCACCGGUUUUGGUAACCGUGUGAACGCCACUGGAGCCCCUGUUGCUCUGCCCCCGCCCGCCUCUCCCGCGGCUGCUACUAAACCCAAGGGUGCAUCGGGUGAUGCUAUCAGAUGCAGUAGCAGCUUAGUGCUUGGGUUUGCUCUUGGCCUACUGGCACUGCUCUGA